AUGUUGGUACCCGACUGCGAAUUUUACUGGACUGAUCCUCCACCCAAAUAAUAUUCACUUUGAUUCGCCUGAGUAACGGAGUAGUGGUGUUCGUGAUUAAACUUAGUGGUGCAAUUAAUAUUAAAUUAUAAUUUUAUUUUAUUUAAAGUGACAUAAAGAACAAUGAGUGGCGGCAUGAACAUGAACAGCAGCGAGGGUCUGCAGGUUGUGAAGCUGGGGCAGGGGGCCGCGCCCUUCGAGCUGGACGUGGAAGCGCUGCAGCGAGUGCUGCUGCGGCCCGAAGUGCGCCACCUGCCCGUGGCCCUGGUCAGCGUGGCCGGCGCCUACCGCGGCGGCAAGUCCUUCAUGCUCGACUUCUUCCUCAGAUAUCUCAACGCGGAUCGUGAUAGACAGCUGAGCGGUGAAUGGCUGGGAGCAGAAGACGAUCCGUUGAGUGGGUUCCACUGGAGAGGCGGUUGUGAACGGGACACCACUGGCAUCCAUCUGUGGCCACACCCCGUCAUCACCACCCUAGAUUCCACCGGGGAGAAGGUGGCUGUGCUUCUAAUGGACACGCAAGGCACCUUCGACUCGGAGACUACAAUCGGUCAGAAUUCUACCAUUUUCGCCUUAUCGACUCUCAUCUCGUCCGUGCAAAUCUACAACCUUUCCGGCAACAUUAGGGAAGACGAUCUACAGCACCUGCAGCUGUUCACAGAAUACGGCCGGCUCGCGUGCGAGGGCCAGGAGAAGGCGUUCCAGAACCUCACCUUCCUCGUGAGAGACUGGAUGAGCGAGUUCGAACAUCCUCACGGCUACAGCGGAGGAGAGCAACUGCUCAGGAAAAGACUUCAGUCAAAGCCGAAUCAGAAAGCAGAGUUACGGGAAGUGCGCGCACACAUCUGUUCAUGCUUCGAUCAGAUGAAGUGCUUCCUGAUGCCGCACCCGGGGCUCAGCGUCGCCAACCAGACCUUCACUGGCUGUCUGAGAGACUUGACAGAAAAGUUCCGACUAGCCCUAUUGGAGUUUGUGCCUUCACUGUUCGAUCCUCGAAACCUGACACCCAAGCUGGUGAACGGCGAGCGGGUCACGGUUCAGGACUUGGUCGACUACUUCCAGAAGUACGUCGAUAUCUUUAACAGCGAUGAGGUUCCUGAGGCCGUCACUAUUUUUAAGGCGACGGCGGCAGCGUGCCUGGCGGCGUGCGUGCGGGCGGCGCGCGAGGUGUACGAGGCGCGCAUGUCGCAGCGCGUGCGCGACGCCGCCAGCCUGCCGCCCGCGCUGCUCGCGCGCUGCCACGCCGCCGCGCGCCUGCACGCAACGCAGCACUACCACGACAAGAAGAAGCUCGGCUCGCAGGACGACAUCGACCACCAUUACGAACAACUCAACAGGGAGCUGGAAGCCACCCUAUCAGUUUACAUGUGGAAAAACGAGGCCAAGUUGCGAGAAACUGUGGCACAAGCUAAGCAAGCGUACGAUGCUGCCAUGAGCCGCGUGUGCGGAGAGGCGGCGCGGGUGUGCCUGCACCCGCUCGACCUCGAGCGUCUGCACGCCGACGCGCUAGCAGCCGCGCUCGCAAUCUUCGACGCCGCCAGACAAGUGGCGGAUGACGUCGAAGACGAGCAAAGGACGGAAUUAGAGCGGAAUUUUGAAGAGCAACUGAAGCAGUUGCGUACAAUCAACGAGCACAACAACGACAACGCGGUGUCGCUUGCGCUGGAGGGGUACGUGUCGCGCAUGCGCGGCGCGGCGGGCGCGGCGGGCGCGGGCGGGCUGAGCGCGGCCGAGCUGCGCGCGCAGCACGACGCGGCGGCGGCGCGGGCGCGCGAACACUUCGCCGAGCUCAGGAACGCUGCCACGGACCACAAGCAAGACCCGUACCUACAGCGACUGCGUGAAGAAAUCGAGCGUAGCUUUGUGGAAGUCCAAAAGGCGAAUGAGAACAACAACCUGAUGGCCGUGGUCGCCGUAGAGAGCGCGUACCGGGACCUGGUGAUGGCGGAGUGGGGCCCGCCCACGUGCUGCAUGCACCCGCGCGCGCUGCUCGAGCUGCACGAGCGCGUCGUGCCGCAGGCCAUGGCGCAGAUCCUCGACAACAGACUCCACACAGAUGACGACGGCUUCAGGGAAAUGUUGCAAGAGAAGCUGAGUAGCCGCUACGCUGAACUAAAGAGCAACAACGAGUACAACAACAGGAGGGCGGUUGAGCAGGCUCUGGCGGUGUACACGCAGAAGAUGGACAAGGCGACGCAGCCGUCGCUGGCGUCGGUGCUCGUCGCGCCCUUCAUCGUCAAGCUGCUGGCCGUGCUGCCGGCGCGGCACGACGAGUACCGCGACCUCGCGCGGCGACACUUCCGCAACAUGCGCCGCGGACCUGACUACGGUGAUGACUGCUAUUAUGAUAGGCUCAACGAGGAAAUUGAAGCAGCUUUUGAAGUUUACAGCAAUCCUACGAACUCUAUCAUGAGAGAAAUCGGCUUCCAGCGAUAGUAGGUGCCUAAAUAAUUAUCCAUAAAUAUCGCGACACUCACGCACGGUCGGUUUCAUGAAAAUGUCGUCAAUUGGGAUCUGAAAGUUUUGUGCACAGAUGUCUGAUGCCGUUGGAAGGAUAUUAAAACAUAAAACAUUAAGAAGACUGUAACGACAUAGACAUAUUUUACUUUUACGAUAAGAUUUUGUAUUUUCCAAAUUAUGCAUGUCACUCAAUAAAAUUAUAUUUUGUACUUUUAAAA